ACAGCUUCCUCUUUCCAGCAGUUCAUGUCUUCCUGCUCCUGAAAGCCCACAAUCCUCAAUCUUGUCAUAGCCGACUUGGGACUGGAGUUUGGGAAACAUGGCCACUCUCCGCUACUUGGGUGUCUUGGUGGUCGUAGCAGCAGCAGCAAUGGUGCUGUCAGCAAGCCCAUCGUUGUCAGAAAAUUUAAAUAGUGUUUUUGCUAGCAUGAAGCAUCUGGACCAUCAUCCCGAUUCUCCACUGCACCAAGCCGAGUCCACCUUCGCCGAGAGGAUUCUCAACGCUGUGAAGAGGAGCAAAGCUCGAGCUGCAGGGCUGCAGAAUAUCGUGGCCAGCGGAAUCACACCACGAGGUAUAAAAUUCGAUUCGACCGCGCCCACGACGAGCAAGGGUGUCAGCUUUGAGUCACCCGUCACAUCAUCCCCAGGAAGUUACAUCAUGACCAUUUCUCUGGGAACCCCCCCGCAGACGAAGACCGCCAUCGUCGAUACAGGAAGUGACCUCGUCUGGUUGCAGUGCGCCCCUUGCUCGUCUUGCUAUCAGCAGCCCGACCCGGUUUUCGACCCCAGCAAAUCCUCCUCCUACCACAAAAUUCGCUACUUCAGUAAUUUGUGCGGCGAGCUUCCUUACAUAUCCUGGAACUGGGGUUACUGCUAUUACCUCUAUGCUUAUGGCGAUCAGUCGACCACCCAGGGAGACUUGGCUCAAGAAACCCUGACCCUCACUGCAACCGAUGGCUCCACUCAGAGCUUUCCGAAUUUCGCCUUCGGCUGCGGACGACGCAAUCAGGGCACAUUUGUUGGCACCGAUGGCCUCGUGGGACUGGGACGUGGCGCCCUCUCGUUCCCGGAGCAGAUCGGGGCUCUGAUCAGAGCCAAAUUCUCCUACUGCCUCGUGGACGCGGUGAGCUCUGCCACCGAGUCGAGCCCGCUGAUUUUCGGAGACGAUGCCUCGGUGGUAGCCAAUGGCUUGAAUUUGCAGUACACUCCUCUGGUCCGCAAUCCUGCAGUGGACACCUUCUACUACGUGAAACUCAACGGGAUCGCAGUCAACAAUCAGCCACUGGCAGGCAUUGCGCCCGGCGCUUUCGCCCUCGACAUUUAUACGGGUAGAGGAGGCGUGAUUCUCGACUCCGGUACCACCAUCACUCAGCUCGUCGACUCUGCUUAUAUUCCGUUCGCCAGCACGCUGCAGUCGCUCAUCAAUUACCCUCAAAUCGAUGGCUCGCCGAUCGGGCUCGACCUCUGCUACAAUUUGUCCAGUGUCAGCAAUCCGACUUUCCCAUCCGUCACUCUCCAGUUCCAGGGCGUCGAUCUCACUCUCCCUGCUAACAACCUCUUCCUGCAAGUGGACGACCAGGGGACGAGCUGCUUGGCGUUUCUGGGCACCAGCGAUCUGACCAUCAUCGGAAACAUUCAGCAGCAGAACUUCUACAUUUCGUACGACGUUGCGAAUGAGCGCGUGGGAUUUGCUCCGGUUGACUCUUGUGCUAAUCUCAGCUCCGCUUCCUCUGCCACUGCCCCGACGGCAGCACCUGUCACUGCCGCCAAGGACGAGUUCUGAUAAGGAAGCUGCACGGCCUGCGCAGCUCCGGAGAUAAAAAAACGUGGCUCUUAUUGUCGACCACGGAUCUUUAAUCGGAGCAGAGGGAUAAGCUCUCGAGCAUGUACAGAACGUCACGUUCAUGAAAAGAUUGAUAAUCCGUAAGGUAGGUUCUAGUUGUAGAGAAACAUUCGCUCGCUCGCUCCUCUGCGUGUGUCCGACAAUGUCUUGACCAAAUUUCUGUUUGAAGAUAGUAGUAUCUGAUGCUAGAAGCUAGCUGGCCUCUGGAGCAUGAACGAGCGAUGCAAGUGUAAGAUAGAGGCCGUACGGGGACGUGGAAAGCCCUCUUUCCGCGAUUUCUCGCUGAGAACUUAUCACAGGACGAUAGAGUGAAACGAACUGAGAAUCUGCAAUAGCGACCUAAAAUAUGGAAAUCUCUCUUCUAGUAAAGCUGGAAAAUCAGCCAACUCGUAUGCGGCAUUCAUUUGAAUGGCUCGAAGAAUGAUCUGCCAC